UGGCCUCACAACUGCAGGACACGUGUACCCCCUCCAGCCCAGGACCUCCACAUCCGACUUCUUCACCUGCAGGAUCGGCGGAAACCAGUCGUCCUAACCAGGGUCUUGACCAGUUUGGCGUCGUAACCGACUUCAGUGGGCAAAUGCUCACCUUCGAUGGCCUGGGGAAUUGGAUGAAUCCUGGUUUCAACUGUACCGGGCAGAUGACAGACAGCGUGCAUGGCAUCGUGUGGGUGAGUGGUUUGCUGAUGUCAACCUUGUGAACAGAGUGCCCCAUGGUGGCGGUGGGGUUAUGGUAUGGGCAGGCAUAAGCUGCAUUUUAUUAAUGGCAAUUUUAAUGGACAUAGAUACCAUGACGAGAUCCUGAAGCCCAUUGUUGUGUCAUUCAUCCACUGCCAUCACCUCAUAUUUCAGUAUGAUAAUGCACGGCCCCAUGUUGCAAGAAUCUGUACACAAUUACUGGAAGCUGAAAACAUCCCAGUUCUUCCAUGGCUUGCAUACUCAUCAGACAUGUCACCCAUUGAACGUGUCUGGGAUGCUUCGGAUUGAUGUGUACGACAGCGUGUUCCAGUUCUCGCCGAUAUCCAGCAACUUUGCACAGCCAUUGAAGAGGAUUGGGAAAGGAUUCUACAGACCCCAAUCAACAGCUUGAUCAACUCUAAGUGAAGGAGAUGUGUUGUGCUGCAUAAGGCAAAUGAUGGUCACACCAGAUACUGACUGGUUUUCAGAUCCACGCUCCUACCUUUUUUUUAAAGAUACAGAUGCAUAUCUGUUUUCCCGGUCAUUCAUGUGCAAGCCUUAGAUUAUGACCUAAUUUAUUUAUUUGAAUUGACUGAUUUCCAUAUAUGAACUGUAACUCAGUAAAAUCUUUGAAAUUGUUGCAUGUUGCGUUUAUAUUUUUGUUCAAUGUAGACAUCUUUGUUAGAAAGAAUACUGUAUUUCCCUUGAUGUAGCGAUUCUAAAUGUAAAAAAUGAACUCUUACCCCACUCUCCCCUAUGACAAUGCAAAUUUCACAAGUGAUAGUGACACACACACACACACAGGUUCCACCCACCACACCGAUACAUUUGGUUGCCAGAGAGAACCUCAGGUAUACACUAACCUGUGCUCACCUGAGAUAUCGUUAGCUGUGCGUCGACCCAUCCGUCCAUGUGAAUUGGAUUCUGUGCAUUCAGCCUUGUUUCCUGCAUCUCCACCCCUCCGAGACACGCCGUAGACCUGACCAUCACCAUCACAUCCAGAAGUAGUGAUGGCAGUCCAGCCCCAGCCGAUGCCUGUAGUGAACAUACAGCCAGGCAUUUUUCGGUCCCCUGCUGACAUAAAGACUGAGGUGUGGAGCAGCAGCAUCUGUGACUGCUGUGAUGACAUGAAGAUCUGUUGCUUAGGGUUCUGGUGCCCAUGCUGUCUGAGAUGUCAGACGAGUACAGACUUUGGGGAGUGUUUCUGUCUCCCCUUGUUGGACAUUUCCACCAGCUGGCUCCCAGCUGCUUCUCUGGCCCUCCGGAGCACCAUGAGGGAGAGAUACCGCAUCCAGGGGUCCAUAUGCGACGACUGCCUCUUGGUCACCUGCUGCACCCCCUGUGCCUGGUGCCAGAUGGCCCGAGAGCUGAAGUUACGACAGCGCCCUCUCCUCCUCGUCAAUGUCCCAUCCCCUGUCCAGAUCAACAUGCAUCCCCCUCAAGCCUUUUCUAACCCCUCUAUGCAUCUACAGCCUAUGCAUGUAGGACUCUACCCCUCCGCGCCACAAUAGAGCCAGCAUAAGCAAGAGACAAAUUAGGGGGUUGUAGAUGAGUGCCAUUCUAGAAUGUGAAACAGGCAGCACAGCCAGCCAACAAUGCAUCACAUUGAUAUCUGUUUUUUUUUAUUGUAAGAAAGCAAACACUUUUAGAGAAAUCAUAACAUGAUCAGGAAAUCAUAACACUAUCAGAAUGGCAUUGAUUGCAGUGAAUUAAUUAAACAAAUAAACGUCCUUAGUGUUUUAUAUAGCUUGUUAAAAAAAUACAGGAAAGCAAACACUUUUAGAGAAAUCAUAACAUGAUCAGGAAAUCAUAACACUAUCAGAAUGGCAUUGAUUGCAGUGAAUUAAUUAAAAAACGUCCUUAGUGUUUUAUAUAGCUUGUUAGACGCUAACACUUAAAUUGACACGAUUAACACAACCAUGCAACUACGGUAUCUGAUUCAUGUAACAUAUCCAUUUUGUACUUUAGAGAAUAUUAAUGUAAUUAAUAAAAUAUUUUAACUUUAA